AUGAGUGCCAUUCUUUCUGCAGAUGACCUAAACGACUUCAUAUCGCCGGGUGUCGCGUGCAUAAAACCUAUUGAAACACUUCCUGCGCAACAAGAAGAGACAUCGAAUGCUUAUGAAGUCACGACGGAAGAAAAAGCCGCUGCCUCGCAACCGCCACCACCCGCUUCGAUAUCGCUGACAGACUGUCUCGCUUGUUCAGGAUGUGUAACGAGCGCUGAAGCAGUUCUAGUCUCGUUGCAAUCGCAUACGGAAGUUCUAACGACGCUCGAUAAAUACCGAUCGCUGCGCACUCCAUGGCAGGCACAAAACGGGACGAAUGGCGUCGCAAACGGGUGCGGACAUAACGGAACAAACGGCGCUGUAAAUGGGAGCCAUGAUGAGCCCGAGGGAAAGUUAUUCGUCGCAAGCGUUUCACCGCAGACGCGCGCAAGCCUGGCAGCCGUCUUCAAUGUUUCCGAAGUAGAGGCUGGGAACAUGAUCUCACAGCUCCUCAGCGGACCAAAUGGAUUGAGAACUGGCGGCGACAAGGGAAGUGAUUUUACUUGGAUCAUUGACACAAACGCCAUGAGAGAGGCUUGCCUGGUAGCAGCAGCAGAUGAGGUUACAAAUGCGCUCUCACCCGCUGCAGUAAAAGCGUCACCACAACCCGGAUCUGAAGGCGCAAUUGAUACUAUCCCAAAGGCACCUAUCCUCACAUCAGCAUGUCCUGGGUGGAUAUGCUAUGCUGAAAAGACACAUCCAUACGUUCUGCCACACCUUUCGCGCCUUAAAUCGCCCCAGGCGCUCACUGGUACCUUGGUGAAGUCGGUCCUCAGCGAGCGCUACCACGUACAUCCGUCCCAGAUAUGGCAUCUGGCAAUCAUGCCUUGCUUUGACAAGAAGCUUGAAGCUAGUCGUGGCGAGCUCACAUCUGCUGCCUGGUUACCGAGCUACAACCAGUCCGAGGAGAAGAUACGGGAUACUGACUGCGUCAUUACUGCUCGCGAACUGCUACACCUUGCCGCCGCCCGCGGUAUCAACUUUGCCAAUCUUCCUCGGUCCCCACUUUCUCAAUCAGACCGGACACCAUUUCCCGACCCCAAACUGGAUGCUUUCUUGUUCCCUUCUUCGCGCCGGAAGAACCAGAGUGUUACCGCAGGAUCCUCUGGAGGUUAUCUUUACCACAUCUUACAAACAUAUCAGGCGCGGAAUCCGGGAUCUUCGAUAUCAGUAGUAAGAGGCCGCAAUGCCGAUGUGGUGGAAUACUCAGUGGUUCAAGGCUCAGAGACUAUCAUCAAGGCAGCACGAUUCUACGGUUUCCGCAAUAUUCAAAACUUGGUGCGGCGACUGAAGCCAGCAAGAGCAAGCAGACUGCCAGGUGGCAGGACGGGCGUCAGUAGGAAACCAGGUGGAGCAGGAGCAGCAGGUGAAGGCGUAAAAGAUUAUGCAUAUGUCGAGGUCAUGGCCUGUCCAGGAGGAUGCACUAACGGGGGUGGACAAGUCAAAGUGCAAGAGGUUGAAGAGGUUCGCGUCUACGAGGGCAUACAGAAAGCAAAUGACGAUGCGCCCGUACCAAAGCCUGGUCCAAAGGAGCAGAAGGAGUGGCUGGCAAGAGUCGACGAAGCGUACUUUUCAGGCACAGACUCGGAAGACGAAACGGCCAAUGAUGCCAGCACAAAUGGCCACGCCUCCGAGGACAUUGUGGACGGGAUAUCAAGAUCGCACAUGAAGGAUAUGAUGGCACAUUGGUCACAUAUUACAGGUGUUGAUCAACAGAAGCUAAUAUAUACAUCGUACAUCAAGGUCGAAAGCGAUGUGGGCAAGAAGAAGCAGAGCGAUAUGGAGCGAGUGGCUGGACUGGCUGUUACCGCUGGUGGUGGAUGGUAA